AUGUCAGAGCACGCGACUGACAUCAAGCUGCUGCGCGCAGUCAUACGUGUUGACCACUCCAUGACGCUCAUCUCAAAGCUGCUGGAGGCCAUCCAGGACGCCGUGCGCCAGCUGGACCAGAUCGAGAAGCACAGCGAGGCCCACUUCAAGCAGCUGCACCAGCAGCUGGUCGCGCGCCGCGACCAGGCCGCCACGCUGCUGCGCCAGCAGACGAUCAAGACGACGGCCCAGUGCUGA